CUGUAAAAAAUGAUAAAGACUCCCUGCUGUAAUUUUAUCAAAAUAUUUACGUACAUCUUUCAGCGUUUGACUGCUGCCUGCUUGGUGAAGUAAUCCUUGAAGUGUCCUUUCCCGCCAGGGAUUAAAUAAAAUACGGCAUAAAAGUAGCACUCUUUACUCGAACAAUAGACGGUUUGGACAUAACCGAAAAGAUAGCAAAGUUCUAGCUGUGAGCAGAAGCUCAUAGAGAAAAAAUCAGGCAAACAAAAGGGAUUCGCUUUUUCAUAGAGCAAGUGCGUAGUGGUGAACGUAGUGGUAGAUGCUUUUUUAUUUUCUUCUACGAACUUCUUAUUCGAUAUGCGUGAAAGCUGCAUACUCUUCUCCAGGUCGGUGGUUUAGUCUGAAAAGUUUCUUAUCUCCAGCGCACGGUCACGGUCGCGGUUUUUAAUUGUGAUCGAGGGAUCGAUGAGAUGACAAUUGCACCAUUGUUUGUGUAGUCUCAACCUUUGGCCCUUUUCAAGCUAAAGGCAAAAGGGAAGGUUUAUCCUUGGAGUACAUUUUAGUUUAUUUUCAAAAGGGUGGAAAAAAGACACAAAAAUCCGAAAUGCGUCACAAAGUACGUGAAAAUGAUAACUUUUAUAGCAGCAUGUCUGUAAAAUUCUGUUCAGUCUCAGAUAAAAAUCAGUUUUUCUCUAGAAUAAUUAUAUUGUUCCGAACCUGAAAUUUGGUUCAAAAACGAAAUAAUAAAUUUUGUAACUUCUCUUUCAAUUAUGAAUAAUAUAGUAAAAGUAAGAAGCAGACUGGAAUGAUCAAAACGAUAUAAUUUAUCAAUUCUCAAUACUUAAUUACAAUGUUUUCUAGUAACAAUUAAACUGUGAAUAAAACGUUCUAAAUACCACUCAAACAUCAAAUUCAAACACUCUUGUUAAUUAAUGUUCUUCAUUAUGUUCUCAUUAUCAUUACGAUUUACUUCCUCGUAGAAUAAAACGCCAAACAGUUUCGCAAUCAUGCGGUUCUACAAGAACAACCACCUUUAAAUGAACAAAUUAACCACCAGACCGCUGGUAGCAUUCUUGCAACUAGCUGGAAGAUUCAAUUUCAUCUCUCUCAACAGCACCUAAUGACCCAAAGAAAUACGUCAGCAAUCAUAAAUCAAUACCACAAAACCGAACCAAUCGGGUACGUUCUCCACACCUACAUUUCCGACACGAUUAUGGAGUUUGCAAAACUUCACCACUCAACAGCGUCCAUUCCUUUCCCGGUAUAAUCUUAUUGACGCGGGAAGGUAGCACUAACAUUGCCACAGAAACUUUGUUUACUCCAACUUAGGCAACCGGUUGUUGAGACACAAACACUGUGUAACUGUGGUUCGAUGUAUUCCGUCCCUGCCCUUUUGCUGCUCCACCAAACACCGGUGCAGUAUGCACUGUUGCAGCUUACCGUGUUUGUGUUAAACGCUACUAAUACGAACCUUAUGAUAAAUGCACCAUUUGCAGCCAAACAUGCAUUAUGGUAGCUUUUCGUCGUCACAUGCGAUCACCAGCCACUUUCACCUCGCAACUGCUUCUUGGCUUGUUUGGAGAAAACUUUUACUCCCUGGAACAAAGUUGUAACAAUCGAAACCCCGCUUGUUCGUCGUUGGAAAACCUCAUCAGCUCGUAAUGAAGGUUUAAGUAAACAGUCACAUAAUCAUGUUGCAACUUCAACCCACUUCACGGUGCUAAGUAGCAAAUCAACCAUAUUGGCAAAGCAACUUUUGUGUAACGUCUUCGUUCAUUUGAUCCGAAAUUUAGUGCACCGAUAGCAAAUGUAACCGUACCGGUCGGACGUGAAGGAGUGAUGACGUGCACGGUGCAUGAUUUGUACAAAUACAAGGUCGCCUGGUUGCGGGUUGAUACGCAGACAAUAUUAACAAUCGAAACACUCGUGAUAACGAAGAGCGAACGGAUAGCGAUCACGCACACCGAACAACGAAUCUGGCAGCUGAGAAUUAAGGAUAUUCGAGAGUCGGACAAGGGGUGGUACAUGUGCCAGAUUAAUACGGACCCGAUGAAGAGCCAGAUGGGAUACUUGAAUGUUGUCGUGCCGCCCGACAUUCUGGACUAUCCGACCAGCCAGGACAUGGUGGUGCUGGAGGGUACCAACGUAACACUUACCUGUGCAGCAACGGGCGUCCCCGAACCGACGGUCACCUGGAAGCGGGAGGGUGAGAAAUCUGUCACAUCCGUGGAGAAUUCCGGAAUAACGAGCCACGAUGGAGCGAUGCUGCACAUCUACCACAUCGAGCGGCACAACGCCGGUUCCUAUCACUGCAUCGCAUCAAACGGCGUGCCACCGACGGUCAGCAAACGAAUUAUCGUAACAGUCAACUUCCAACCGAUUAUACGAAUACCGACGCGCCAGUACUACGCCGAGCUGGGCGGCCGGGUCAUUCUCGAGUGCCACAGCGAAGCCCAACCGAACUCCAUCAACUACUGGAUGAAGGGUAAGGGUGAAAUCAUCCUGCAGGGUGGCACGUACGACUCCACGCUCGAGGAUCACGUGUUCAAGGUGACGAUGAAAAUCACCAUUCGGCUGGAGAAGGUUUCCGACUUCGGUGUGUACAAAUGUGUGGCCAAAAAUUCCCUCGGCACUACGGAGGAAUCGGUGAAAGUGUACCGUAAGACCUCCAAAACGAAACAGGUGGAGAAUCAGAUCAUUCAGCAGUCAAACUAUCUAGGAUCAACGACACUUAUCAAGAACUAUACCGAUAACAAAAUCAACGAUAUUCUGCUAACCGCAUCAGCUGCUUCUUCCAGUGGGGCGACCAUUUCCUUCGCGUUCCUUCGGCUAGUGAUAGUUAUGGCUGCGAUGGUCGCUAUUGUCGCUGUGAAGACAUUAUGAUAAGGAGCGAUGCUAUAUCUCCCCGAUGCAGGGAAAUUAACAAAUGUUAUACGAAUUAUACGCAUUACAUGUGCAUAUAGCGGUAUUAUCAUGUUAGCAGACAAAAUGUAUAACUGUUCCCCAGCAAAUGUAAAUUGUUCUCCUGUUGUAUGAGCAGCAAUAAAUGGCAACAAAACGUAAUGUCCAUUAUUAAACUAAA